AUGAUGAAGACUUUUGAUACUGAAAUUAUUUACAAGCCCCUAAGCCCUCCCAAAACAGGGGUUGGCUACCAAGGCUUCAGUCCUCGUACAGAGGUCUUGCCGAAGGGUUGGAGCAAGGAAGGAAAGCGCGCCUUGACGUGUGAUAUUCUGAUUGAGCAUGACGUGGGGUACAAGGUCCGGGAUGGAACCACACUGUACGCCGACAUUCUUCGUCCCCCUACCGGUAUGGUGCCCGCUAUCGUCUGCUGGAGUCCUUUCGGGAAGAAAUUUAAUGGCUCAGACGCGCUGAACCUGAUGGCUCCAUACAAUUUGGGCCUGUCAGAUGACGCACUUAGUGGGCUGGAGAAGUUCGAGGCUCCGGAUCCUGCGUUCUGGGUCGACAAGGGAUACGCAAUCGUAAACGUCGACAACAGAGGAAGUUUUGACUCUGAGGGCUCGUGUGCCGUGCUCGGCCGUCAGGAAGGCGAAGAUGGGCAUGAUGUGAUUGAAUCCAUUGCGAAAGAGCCUUGGUGCACAGGAAGCGUUGGGAUGGCAGGCAAUUCUCACCUUGCGCAAAGCCAGUGGUUCAUCGCGGCGCAGCGGCCACCGUCACUCAAGGCUAUUGCGCCGUGGGAAGGCUGCGCUGAUAUGUACCGCGAGACUUUCGUCCGCGGCGGGAUUUACUGUGGCGAUCUCUUCGAUGAUUUGAUCUCCAAAUAUGUCAUUCAUGGCCGCGAAAUUGAAAGCAUCCGGGGUAUGUUUGACAAAUAUCCACUCGCCAACGAUUACUGGAACGACAAACGGGCCGAUAUCGAGAGGAUUAAUGUACCGACUUACAUCACCGGUACUUGGUCGAACACUAUGCAUGGCAUGGGCGCAAUUCGAGGGUGGCUCAAAGUUGACACUCCUCACAAAUGGCUCAGGUUCCAUCCCUACCAGGAAUGGUAUGACUUGUGGGGCUGCUCGGAGUCUAACCAAGAGCUACUCCAAUUCUUCGAUCGUUAUCUCAAGGGAAUUCAAAAUAACUGGGAGAGCACACCCCGGGUUCGUAUGGCGCUGCUCAGGUUCGGCCAGAAGCCAUCUCUUGGGGGUACAGUGAAAGAGGACUUCCCUGUCCCUAAUACGCGAUAUAAAAAGACAUACCUUGGGUCCAAGGAGCAGUUGACCUUUGAGCCCCCAACGGACUGUCGAGCCUUGACGUACGACGCUACAUCUCCGACGGAAUUCUUGAAAUUCGUGCACACCUUCGAAGAGACUACGCAGAUCAUGGGGAUACCAAAGGCGGUUUUGUACAUGUCAUGCCAAGAACACGAUGACAUGGAUGUCUUUGUUAUCCUUCGCAAGCUAUCAUCAACAGGGGAGCCCAUGCUGUGCCUGAACGUGCCUUGGAAAGGUUUGCCGGUUAAGUCAUUUGACGAUAUUCCCGAAAAGCUACGUACGGAAGUCAUUCUGUACAAGGGACCAACUGGAAUCCUCCGCGCCUCUCACCGCGCAAUAAACCAUGAUAAGUCAAUGCACCCCAACUGGCCUUUCCACCCCCAUGACCGAGAAGAGCGCAUCCCGCCCGGACAAAUUGUCAAGCUUGAAAUUGGGAUCUGGGCAACAGGUAUACAUUUCGAGGCUGGGGAAAGUAUACAGUUUGAAGUUGCAGGGCAUUUUCGUGGUGUAUCAAAUUUUGGCAAGCAGGAACAUGUCAAGAACAAAGGCCAGCAUAUUGUUCACAUUGGCGGCGAGUGCAACAGUCAUGUAAUCAUUCCCUUUUGUUAG